CCAUCACUUUUAUAUUCCACCCCACGUCCUUCGACGGAAGAUCCAUCGAAAUUCUUGAGUAUUUUCCUGCAAAAAAGCGAAAAAAGAACCCCAAAAAGCUUUAAAAUCCGAACACCCAGAACAAAAAAGCUUCGAAUUCGAGGAGAGGAAACUUAGCCGCCAUUGUUGGAGCUUCAUCUCUCUCAGAUUUGCAGAUUCCGAGGUUCGUACACUUCCUUGUUCUCCCCGAACUUCAGGGAGUUUUCACUCUGUUUGGAGCGGAAUUGGUUGAAGCCUUUUGUUUUUGGUGUCCAUUUCUUUGUUGAUACUGCUUGUUGUUGUUGGGCUCUGUUUGUUGUUGAUUUCUGGCAUAUGGGGGACUGUGAGUUUAUGGGUUCGGAUUUAGGAGUAGAGGAGCGGCUAAUUGCUGCAGCUAAUUGCAUUAUUAAGGCUUUGAGUUCAAAUAUAAGCCUUUCAGAUGAUACCAAGAGCGUUAUGGUUGAUCUUUGCUCAAAGUUAUCAUUAAUAACCACACAAAAUCAUCAAAUUGGAGUGACCAAAGAGAGGGAUGUUGGGCUUGUUGAAGAGAUUGAGAGUAGGCUCAAUGUAGUGCAGAAGAAAAUCAUGGGAUGGGAGGCUGAUCAGUCUAUGAUUUGGGAUUCGGCUUUCCCGAACGAUGCGUGCGAGUAUCUGAAUGCUGCUGAUGAUGCCUGGGAGUUGGUUGGGAAGCUAGAGAGUUUGUGUUUUGAGGAUGAACACGGUUAUGAACUUUCGAGGAAGGCGCACGAUGUUCUUCAAACGGCUAUGGCGAGGCUUGAGGAAGAGUUUAGGCAUUUGCUUGCUAAGAGUAGCCUUGAAUAUGAGCCUGAGAGUGUGUCGUCCCAUGUAACGGAAGAUUCUGUGGAGGAGGGAUCGACGAGUUUAUAUCGAGAUGAAUCUUUUGAGAGUUCAGUUCGGAGUUGUAGCGUUGGGAGAACGUUGGAGAAUUCGAUCAUUGAUUUGGUCAAUUCGGAUGCGGUUAUUGAGCUUAGAGGUAUUGCUAAUGUUAUGUUCAAGGCUGGUUAUGAUCAGGAGUGUAUUCAAGCUUAUAAUCAUCUUCGUCGAGAGGCUUUAAACGAGUGCUUAUCGAUGCUUGAAAUGGAGAAAAUGAGUAUUGAGGAUGUGCUGAAAAUGGAUUGGGUUACGUUGAACUCGAAGAUCAGGAAAUGGAACCGAGCGAUGAAGCGAUUCGUGCGAGUCUAUUUAGCGAGUGAAAAAUUCCUUUGUGAUCAAGUUUUUGGGGAUGAAGGAUUGGUUAGUUUGAGUUGUUUUGUCGAAUCAUCGAAGGCAUCAAUGCUGCAGCUUCUGAACUUCGGCGAGGCCAUGGCUAUAGGUCCUCAUCCGCCCGAAAAACUGAAUCGUAUACUUGAAAUGUACGAGGUUGUCGGAGAGCAUCUCUCCGACAUCGAUACAUUAUACUGCGGUGGUGUUGGAUAUUUUGUUAGAAUUGAAUAUCAUGAUGUUCUAAAUAGUUUAGGUAAAUCCGUUACAGCGACAUUCCUCGAGUUCGGGAAAGCUAUUGCAGCAAACACAUCGCCGAAUGCAUUUGCAGGUGGUGGCAUCCAUCAUCUAACGAAAUAUGUCAUGAAUUACCUUCUGAUUCUUACCGACUAUGGCAACUCCCUCAAUGUGCUCCUCGGAGACGGUGAAGAUGUAUAUCCUAAUUCACCAUCGUCCUCUGAGAAUCCAAGUCGAGAAGAAGAAAAAGAAGGCGAGUUCUCUCCGAUGGCUCGCCAUUUUCGGUUGGUUGCAACAAUUCUAGAGAGUAACCUCGAAGAGAAGUCGAAGCAAUACAAAGAUCCAGCUCUACAGCACUUCUUUCUGAUGAACAAUAUACAUUACAUGGCUCAAAAGGUUCGAGGUUCGGAACUUAGCCAGAUAUUCGGGGAGGAUUGGGUUCGAAAACGUUACAUGAACUUCCAGCAGCAUGUAUUAAACUACAAGAGGGCGAGUUGGAAUUCAAUAGUGUUAUACCUUAUGGAGGACGGGGUUCAACAUCCGGGUUCUAAUUCAGUGUCGAGAAACGUGCUGAAAGAGAGGCUGCGUAGCUUCAAUGUCGCGUUCGAAGAGAUCUACAAAACUCAAACGUCAUGGAUCAUUCACGACUCUCGGCUUCGAGACGACCUGAGAAUCUCGACGUCGCUCCAAGUGAUCCCGGCGUACCGAGCAUUCUUUGGAAGAUGUAAUAAUCAUGUAAGUGACAAGCUGAUCAAGUACACUCCAGAUGAUUUGGAGGGAUUCCUUCUUGAUCUGUUUGAGGGAUCUCCAAAAUCACUGGCCAACACCAACCGGAGAUGAUCAUUCCCAACUUCUUUGUAUUCACUCUACCCUUUAACUGUUUCUCAACAGAUUCAUCCUUUUAAUUUUUGGUUUUAUUUUAUUAUUGGAAUAAAAUUAAUUCUAUAUAA